AUGCGACUGAGUGCUCAUUAUUUUCGCUGGAGAAGGCGUGAGGAAAGCUGGAUCAAAGGAAGCAGACGACCUUCAGAACAUUUCAAGGUAAGUUUAUGACGUUGCCUUUUUGAUUUUUUUUGUUUUUCUAGGCCACUGAGCUAACAAUUUUCUCUGGUGUUACCUAAAAUAAUAUAAUUGAUAUUUCAGCCGGUCCAUGCUGAAGUAGAAUGUGAAGGCCAGCAUAACGUACCAAAGGGUGUGGAGAUGGAAUUCCGAGUUCAGAUUGCAUCCGGCAGAUUCCAUGGAUUGUCGAAAAUUUAUGUAAUUUUAAUUAUUCUUGUUGGUUUGAUAUUUAGGUAGAAAUAAAGAAGAUUUGAUGAAUUUCAAUUUAGUAGUGGUGUUUUGUAGCAAUAUCAAAGCCCUGCUAGUCUUGUUUACCCCCUGAAACGCUCGAAUUCGGUCAGAUUCGUCGAUUCUGAUCCAAUUUUGCCUAGUACAAUAUAAUUUCUUUUCUCUUCUUCGAUCAAUCUGAGAAGUUCGGGUUGCACCUCCUUAAAGCCUUUCGAUGCUUUCUCGUUGGUUUCACACGUAAAUUGUUGUUUUAUUAGAACUUUGGGAUCAUUUUUAUUAUUUAUUUGUAAAGGUUUCAGCGUAUGAAAUGUCGAAAACAUUUUCCCGCGAAUUUCUCUAUUUCCACUUUUUUUCGUGGCGUGCAUGCGGUUCGGGACGAGAAAAAAGCUCGCUUUUUUUUGUUUCACGAGGAAAGUACUUCUAUGGGGUAUGGAGUUUCAGGUCGAGUCAUAUAUCAAAAAAUUCGCGAAAUUUUUCUGAUUCAGAAUAUGCAAAAAUUAGCUGCCUAAUUUUGGUUUGUAAGGGUGAAAAAACCCUCGGAACUGUUUUCGAAACACCACGCAAAUGCCUUUUUGACCAAGUUUUUACCAAUUCAAAAGCUUUGUUUUGAGUUAAAGUAAACUCUGGUAUCUUUACAAGCCUCAAAAUAUCAAAUUUAAUUUAUACUACACCUUAAUUAGUAGUUCCAAUGGCAAAAAGGCGCAUUUUCAUGGUGUUGCGAAAAAAGUUCUGAGGAUUUUUUCACCCUUACAAACCAAAAUUAGGCAGCUAAUUUUUGCAUAUUCUGAAUCAGAAAAUUUUUGCGAAUUUUUUGAUAUAUAAAGCGGGAGAUAAAAGAUUUUCUGAAAAAUUUUUGAAAUUUUUCUGUUUUUACUUUUUUUUUAAAAAAAAAGUAAAUUUUGAAAAAUUUCCGGAAAUUUUCGAUUUCGGAGAGUCAAAAAACAUUCUUACUCCGAACGACAAAUUUUUGGAAAGUUGGAUCAAAAAUGGCUCGCCAAAAGGUCGAUCCGCAAAGUUGAAACAAAAAUGGCUCGCCCAUUUUGGCUGGUGAGUAGGAUGCCGUUUUUACUCACCUGCACGCCAAUUUAUUUUCUUCAAAACUAUUUUUGCGAGCUGCGCCCGGGAAUUCCAGAUGUGUCAAAUUUCUCUCUCUCCCGGAAGAAACGUUUUGAUUUUUUUUGAAGUUGUGAAUCUAUUUUCUCCACGAAGAUGGGCUGAAAAGUGAUCAAGUAAGUUAGCAUUAGCAAGAGGAGAUGUACUUUUUUCAUUUGACACCAAAAAUUUUCCUUUUAUUUCAGAGAAAGGUACAAUUUUUUUCCAAUUCGUAAAGCUUCAUGACCAUGGAUAAUGUAAGUGCGCUUAUCGCGUUUUUUGUUCCGUUAUUGGAGUUAACAGUUCUAGGCUGGCGAGUUCUAGAGGACACCUCACUUCAGUUUUGUUAUAUACUCUAUCUAUCAAACGCCACCAAUUUUGAUUUCUAGGUGUCAUGUACAAUAUCGAAAUCCGCUCAGAUCCCGGAUUUUUGCCACGAAGGCGUUCUAAACUGAGGUAAUAACGUAGUAAGGCUCAAAUAACGUUGUUACAAUAACUUGAACAUAGUUUGCAUAGGUUUUACUUUCGUAUAACAUACUUUUUGGAAAGUUAGUAUAUUAUUUGAAACUUUUACGUCGUUUUUCCUCAAAAUUUAUGGGGUUUCAUACAUGGGGAAUAUACAUGAGAGUGGGGUCUCCUCUAAACGUUUCCCGACUUAGAAUCUUGACGUCGUAGCAAAAAAGGAGAUAAUCUCACUUACAUUAUCCAUGGUCAUGAAGCUUUACGAAUUGGAAAAAUUUUGUACCUUUCUCUGAAAUAAAAUGGAAAUUUUUGAUGUCAAAUGAAAAACGUACAUCUCCUCUUGCCAAUGCUAACUUACUUGAUCACUUUCCAGCCCAUCUUCGUGGAGAACAUAGCUUCACAACAUCGCACAAACGUAAAAAUAAUUUUUUCGGAAGAGAAAAACUUGACACAUCAGGGAAAGACUUGGCGUCAACCUUGCAACCUGCAGUGCGGGGCCAAAAAGAGGAAUAAAGUAAAAACAAGCUCUGACUUUCGGCGACUCCAAGCGGGGAGUAAGAUCCGGUCCUACUCCCGACCUUGAAGUCGGAAAGCCAGAAACAAAAUUGACUUUCUUUUGCAUUUUCCGGGAAGUAAACUGAAAAUUUACUUUUUUUUUAAAAAAAAAGUAAAAACAGAAAAAUUUCAAAAAUUUUUCAGAAAAUCUUUUACCUCCCGCUUUAUAUGAUUCGACCUGUAACUCCAUACCCCAUAGAAGUAGUUUCCUUGUCAAAUGAGCGACCAUUUGUGGGUUCUUGCACUUUUUAUUUGUUUUCCACAAGAAUUUUUAUUUAUUUCUGGUGGAAGGGGGGAUUUAGAGGGCGGUUUUGAUAUGAUUUGGUGAUUAAUCGAAUGAAAAAAAAAAUGAUUUUUUGAUGGAAAAAAAUUCAAAAAAGUAGUUAAAAAAUUUAAUUUCUUGUAAUUUUCGACCUAAAAAUUUGAGAUGUUUCUGCAUAACGCGGUUGAAAAAAUCUAAAUUUUAAUUUUUACUAACAAGGGAAUGGUCUGAACUUCCCCCAGCGUUAAGGACAAUGACUAGCACAGGUGGAUAGAGCAGGUCGACUUUGGUAGAAAAAGGCAAUUUCCAGCUGCAAAAUAAGCACGGCCGACGAGAAAAAUCGACCAAAAGUUGAGAAAAAAUUUCCUCUUUCUCUUCCCUCGGAAAAGAAGAGAAGCGUCCAGUGGUUCGGUUGGUCGAGUGGAUAGAGCGUCCGCUCGAUAUCCUUUUGGGGGUCGGUUCGAUUCCGGGGCAGCGCGAGUGGCUCUGGUAAGGCUUCAGUGACCAAGCAAACUCUUGUGAACCAAAAAAAAAAAAAUUAUUUUUCAAUUCUUGGAUUUUCUAGGGAUCAUAAAACACAUAAUAAUAAAGGAUUUUUAUGUAAAUUCUUCCAUUUUUUCUGUAAGAUUCCAGAACGGUUCCAGUCAUACUCCAAUAAGGAGCAAACUGAAGCACAUCUUGAUCACAUCGGGGGUUUAGACAAACGCACGUCAAAACAAAAAGGGAAUUUCGUCAAAGCCGUGGCGAUCCGCGAAAUAACGAUUUGCGAUUGGCGAGAGGAAGAGGGCGCACGCACAAAAAGGAAGAGAGCGGUCAAAGAAAGAAGAAAAAAAUCGGUCGUUGCUUUUCGCUGCGGCCCCUCACGAAAUUUCAUUUUUCUUCUAUUUUCAUUCUGACGUGAAACGUCCACUAGUGUUCGGAAAACAGACAGUCCAUGACUAGAUUAUUGAAUAUGACUGGAACCGUUCUGGAAUCUUACAGAAAAAAUGGAAGAAUUUACAUAAAAAUCCUUUAUUAUUAUGUGUUUUAUGAUCCCUAGAAAAUCCAAGAAUUGAAAAAUAAUUUUUUUUUUUUUGGUUCACAAGAGUUUGCUUGGUCACUGAAGCCUUACCAGAGCCACUCGCGCUGCCCCGGAAUCGAACCAACCCCCAAAAGGAUAUCGAGCGGACGCUCUAUCCACUCGACCAACCGAACCACUGGAUGCUCGUCUUCUUUUCCGAGGGAAGAGAAAAAGGAAAUUUUUUCUCAACUUUCGGUCAAUUUUUCUCGUCGGCCGUGCUUAUUUUGCAGCUGGAAAUUGCCUUUUUCUACCAAAGUCGACCUGCUCUAUCCACCUGUACUAGUCAUUUUCCUUAACGCUGGGGGAAGUUCAGACCAUUCCCUUGUAAGUUUUCUCGAUUUAUUUCUUAAUUUUUUUUAUUUAUUUUUCAUUUUUUUUGUUGACUUUUUAAAAAUUUCCCAAUUUUCAGAAUCUGAAUCAAACUUUUUAACCCUCAAUCAGACAGAAUAUCCUACGUCGACAACCCGAUGGAUGAGAUACUGUCUUCGCCGAACUCGGAUCGAGGCACUUUCCCCGAUCAUGCCCCGCCCCCAACACACAUUACAAUAAGAUUGUUCAUUUUGUCUGAACUAGCUUUUGGAGAACCCUUUGUAUUCCUAAAAUAAAGCUAAAUACUGUAAAAUCAGUAACAAUACUGCCGAAUCUGUAUUUGAGCGGGAUUAGAGCGGCUACGGAUCGGGAGUUGCUGAAGGUAAAACAUCUUUAAAGUUUUAGCAAGGGAAGUAGCCGGAGGGAAGCAUCUUGGUUUUUUCUGCAAAACGCGAGCCAGAAGCUUCGCAAAUAUUUUUUUAAAAAAUUGUCUAAAUUUUGCUAACAAUGGUUAUUAACCAAGGAAUUACCCUGUGUGCGAGGCUCAGAUUUUCUUCAAAUUUUGCACGCUCUUCGAGCAUAGGCCACAUAUCAGUUCCUGAAAAUUUCAGCUUCCGCUUUGCAGGGGCGUCCGAGAUAUUCAACGAUUUUUGCGGCCGAGAGAGCACGCAAAAGGCGGAGUGCGCUCAGAGAUAAAGUCACUGUUGCCCGUGUUCUUGCCAUUUUUGCAGAUUUAAAAAAAAAUUUUUUCUGUUAAGCUUUCUCUUUACACUGGAAAUAUAAUAGAUAUAAAGCUUACAGUCGGGGACCUGAUCCAGUGGCGAAAAACUUACCAUUUUGCAUGCGGGAAGGGUCAAAAAUGUGGCAAAAUGUUUCCGUCUGCAAGUGAAAAAACUUCAGUUUGAAGGGCGCGCCAUUUCCCUCACAAAAAGAGCGGGCGCGCUUUUGAAAUCGGACUUUUUUCUCAAUUGGAGAGGGAAGCAUUUUGCCAUAUUUUCGAUACUUCCCGGAUGCAAAAUGGUACGUUUUUUUACCGCUGGAUCAGGUCCCCCACUGUACAAUGAAAUUUUCUUUUGGCCAAAAAAUCUCGGCCGUAUCUGCGAAGCGCGGGCAUAAUAAAUUUCUGAGGCUUACAUUAUCCAUGGCUUCAAAACUCAUAUUUUUCAUUAAAAGUUUUUUGUCGAAACAUAAUCGCCAUUCCUUUUUUUAGAGGCGUGAGGUGGAGGCGAUUGUCACAGCAUUCGACGUAUUUUUUAAACAGCCGAUAUGUCUUCCGUACAACCUGAAAUUGCCGAUCGAAGACAUGCCAUUCGCUCCGAUUCAUCAGCACUUCGAGACGGCCGUAAAAUUCGUUUAUCAACAUAGAGUGGAAAAAAGUGAGUAAAAGUAAAAACUACAGCAGUAUGGUAGCUGGAAAGACAAUAUCAGUCUGUCGGGAAAAUAAUGAGCACUCUGUCGCAACGAAAAGCGCAUCGCCACCGAGAAAAUCAAUUUUGUCGAGGCAAAAUCGAAUUUCUUUUCAUUUCAGCGACGCCAUUGGCGCUGCGACAUUAGGCUCAUUAUUUUCCCGACAAGCUGAUGGGUCAUCCUUGAAUUUUUCGUACCUGGUGUCAUAAACAAAUCCAUCGUAAUGUGAGCCCUUGAAAUGCCUUCGCAUCCACGAACGCUCAAAUUUUCUUUAAAUUUGGCAGAAACUGUGCGUCCAGGUCGUACAAAACUUCCCUACGAUUUUUGCGAACGCUUUACAAACAUGGCCAGAAAAUCAACGACCUUUGUGGUCAAAAGGGUGCAGAAAAAAAAGAGGAAAGCAAUCAAGAAAAGAAAGUUUUUUUUGGUUGUACAUUUUAGGAAUUGGGCGUAGAAACAGUCGGUUCCAGGCCGCAAAUGCUGCCCACUUCAGCGCAAACAUAAAUAAAAAGUAACAUGAUUCAAGAAAAUUCGCCCUGAUCCCUCCUUUUACCAUAUCAUUUGUUAUGUCUUCACUGGAGUUCGUGAAGAUGCGUUGUCAGCCGAAUGUAGGGUAAUAACAAUAGAGAGGUUUAUUACCAACAAAGAAUAACAAUACGUAGCGUAACACCAAACAUUCACUGAAUAAUAUGUAACAACCGAGCUCCCUUUUCUUCUAGGCUUCGAGAAGCUUCGAAUGAAACAGAAUGCCAAUAACGUAGUCGCAGGUUUCGUCUCGGGACUUAACAUCAUUUUCUUGCCAGGCUAAAAAAAUUAUUGAAAAAAAUCGCCUUGGUCCCCCCUUACCGGUUUAUUUUUUUCAAGGUACCCUUUUCGUUGGGUGCCCUCUUCGUCCCAAAUCCAAUUUUUGAUCUAAAAUUCUUGUUUCUUCCUGCAAAAUAUGAAAAAAGGUCUUCGAAAUGAUUGCAAAAUUUUUCGAAUUUAACCUUCCAACCAUCCACUCCAACUCUAUUUGUUUGUAAAAUACGCUACUCCUAACUUUGAUGUUUUUAGGAGGAAUUCUCAUCCACUGCGUCAUGGGCGUCUCGCGGAGCGUGACAAUAAUGUUGGCGUACAUUGUCACCGUCUUAGACAUGGAGGUGCCCAAAGCCUUGCAAUUUGUGAAACAGCGCCGGUAUUGUGCUGAACCGAACUUCGGCUUCAAAGAGCAGCUGUGUGAUUACGUGAAAUCAGCAAGUUUUGCAUAUAAAAACUUGGUUAAACUUUUGAAAAUUUAAUUUCAACUCUUUUCAGCAUCGAAACAACGUGCGGAACCAACUAAUCGAGAUGCAUGGAGAGGAAAAGUUCAAGGAAAUUGUCGACGCCGAGAAGAAAUUCGUCGAAAAACACUCGUAA